CGCAAAGGUCCAGGAAGGCUGAACCUUGCCGGAAAAACGUACCUAACGUGCGUAGUUCAGUUCCUAAAACCUUUCUACCUCAGGGUAAUUUACACCGGUAAACUUGCCUACUUAGCGACAGCAAAUUCGUUUGAUCUCGAAAUGGACAAAUCCUCGCCCAGCCCCCUCGGUUACACGCACUUUGGCACCGCUUUUAAAAGUGCCAUGUUGCAGGGUAAGGAUUGGACUGUAUUUUUGGAACCGUGUGCGGAUCUGAUAGCCUUGUUGGGUCCGUUAUUACAUUUCCACAGUCCCUCGCAGCGAGCGAGGAGAGCGACAGUGUGGGGGUUCAGGGAGAGGGGACAGGGGCUAGUCACAGCCUCCUCUGAAGCCAUGAAAAAGCCCCGGCAGGUCGACUGACAAUUACUUUGGAAAAUCAUGUAUCCAAGUAACAAACUGGCAAUAUUUACUGAAACAGAAGAAGGACACGACACGAUUUUAAAGAGGCACGAUCACAAUCAACCCGAAAUAGCAAGUCGCAUUGCAAUAAGUUCAUGCCAACUUUGAAACUGCACUGAUUAACAAAACGGGAAAAAAACCUGGGAUAUUUUCAGGACGCAAGGAAUAAACGAAGAAGCGCUCAUUCUUUGGAAACAAUGUAUUUGUGAGAAAUAUAUGUUAUGACAAUACAGAAGGCUAUAUGAAUACAACAAAAGUAAGUAAGGGGUCCUUGCAAUUCCUAGGGCAAGAAAAUCAAACGACUCGCUCAUAAAAAGUGCUCAUGAAAUUUGACAACAGCUUCUUGCAGUUCAGAACUUGGACUCAUUUGCAUACAACUUUAACGCUCAUAGGUGGUUUACAAAAAAGCAAACAUGAGCGGCGGUCGCUUUGAAUUCGAUGAUGGUGGAGCCUAUUGCGGCGGGUGGGAAGGAGGCAAGGCGCACGGACAUGGAAUCUGCACAGGACCCAAAGGGCAAGGAGAGUUCUCCGGUUCCUGGAAUUACGGCUUCGAGGUUGUUGGAGUCUACACUUGGCCCAGUGGAAACACGUACGAGGGUUACUGGUCCCAGGGGAAGCGCCACGGUCUUGGCCUCGAGACGAAGGGACAGUGGCUCUACAAGGGAGAAUGGACGCACGGGUUUAAAGGCAGAUACGGCACGCGCCUGAGCCAGGCGAGCGGCGCUAAGUACGAGGGGACGUGGAAUAACGGUCUGCAGGACGGUUACGGAACGGAGACGUACGCAGAUGGCGGCACCUACCAGGGCCAGUUCACCAGCGGCAUGCGGCACGGGUACGGCAUCCGGCAGAGCGUGCCGUACGGCAUGGCGGCGGUGGUGCGCUCCCCGCUGCGCACCUCCCUCACCUCCCUGCGCAGCGAGCACGGCAACGGCACCGUGCCCACCAUCACCGCCACCGACGCCGCCGGCCAGGACGCGCCCGUCAACGCGCCGCGCGCCCCGCCCGGCCCCGCGCGCGGCGGCUUCGCCCUCAGCCUGUACGCCGACCCGGAGCUGGCGCAGCCCAAGAAGAAGGGCCUGUUCAGCCGGGCGUCCAUCCUGGGCAAGCUGACCAAGUCGGAGUCGCGCCUCUCGCUGGCCAGCGUGCGGAGCAAGAUCAGCUUCCUGCGCAGCGACUCGGCGCUCAGCUCCGCCGCCAGCGACGCCAACUCCACCGCCAGCCUGGGCGACGAGAGCGAGGCGGCCGCCGAGGACUUCCCCCCCGUGGAGGCCGACAUCGACGCCACCACCACCGAGGCGUACUCCGGCGAGUGGAAGAACGACAAGCGCUCGGGCUACGGCGUGAGCGAGCGCUCCAGCGGCCUCAAGUACGAGGGCGAGUGGCUGGACAACCAGCGCCACGGCUACGGGCGCACCACCUUCGCCGAGGGCGGCGCGGAGGAGGGCAAGUACCUGAACAACACGCUGGUGAAGGCCAUGAAGAAGCGGGUGAUCCAGAUCAAGGGCACCAAGAUCCGGCAGAAGGUGCAGCGCAGCGUGGAGGGCGCCCAGCGGGCGGCCGCCAUCGCCAAGCAGAAGGCCGAGAUCGCCGCGUCCAGAACAAGCCAUGCUAAGUCGAAGGCAGAGGCAGCCGACCAGGCCGCCCAAGCCUCCAGUAACGAGUCCAGCAUCGCCAGGGUGGUCGCUAGGGAGCUGUCCCCCUCCUUCUACCAACCAGGUCCUGAGUACCUGAAGAAGCGGGUGAUGCAGGAGAUCUCCGAGGGCAACGAGAACUCGGAGAGCAUCAUGCCGGAGCCCCUGCUGGCUGAGGAGAAGCCGCCCACCCCCCCCGAGAGCCCCCAAAUACACGAGAUGGACAACCUGAGGCCCGGCUCCACCCCCGCCCGCACCCCGUCACCCGCCCCGCCCGCCGCGAAGGAGGACCCCAAUCUCCUGAGUCCGGGCAGCUGGAACGGGGACAAAGGGGCGAGCCGCGGGAGCAGCCGGUCAGGGAGCAGGCCGAGCAGCCGCCCCGCCACGCCAACGUCCGCCACCGUGCCCCCGGCCCCCGCCGCCCCCGCCACUGGCUCCGCCCCCGCCAGCCGCAGCCACUCCCGCAGCUCCAGCCGGCAGAGCAACAAGGCGGAGCCCGUCCCGGACGUGGAGGUCAAGCCCCCGCCGAAGACGCCCGAGCCGGAGCCCGGUCCAGCCGCCGCCCCCGAGGAGGAAGACCAGCGGCGCCCCCCGGCUCCCAAAGCGCCUUCCAAACCGGUCACGCCCGAACCCCCCAAGCCGCGGCCCGAGUCGGCCCACGAGAGGCCGCCGUCCGCCGCCGAGGCGCGGCUCGCCAGGUCCGCCAAGGCGGGCAAGACGGAGGCCAAGGCGGCGCAGAGACGCGAGCCCACUCCGCAGCCCAAACACGCCCCGACGCCCGAGCCCAAGCCCGCCCCGACGCCCGAGCCCAAGACUGUCGCCAAACCCGCCCCCAAACCCUUCACAAGAGCCGAGUCCUUGAAACUGGAGGCCAGGGUGAAAGCCGUACUCAAAUCACCCAGCGAGGUCAAGGACUUUGAGCUGCCCGACCAGGGGCCAAACUCAAUCAUGAUCUGUAUGGUGAUAUUACUGAACAUUGGAAUGGCCAUUCUUUUUGUCCACAUCUUGUCAUGAGAUACUGUUACCCAGGAAGUCCCGGUUCGGCGGCGCUCCAUCAGCGAGGACUCCAGACGUCACCUGGGAGCGAGUCAUCUACCGACGCCGACGGCCGCACCGCGAGCUUCGGACGCGCGGAGCGGCUGCGAGGGAGGGAGGAACGCUCUUUUCUGCCGCUCGUCCAGACGCCUCGCGCUUCAACCGCACAAGCAAACGAAAAGGGGAAGUAAACGAGAGGGGAGGGAACCAUAGAGAUGCAGAAACGUGGUCUGAGUGCAUGUUGGGAAGACUUGGUGGUUAUUCAACCGCGCGGAAGUGGGCCCCUGCAUAAGCCUGUCCACCAUUCAAACAUGCUGUCGUUUAUUUCAGUGAAACCAAGGUUCAGCCAGAAAUAGCUCCUCUAAUUCAGAAUAUGGCAGCCUUCCGUUUACAGCAUGACUGUGACCCUCACAGAAUAUUCAGGUAAAGUUUGGGGAAGGUGACAGGCAUAAAAAUAACUUUACAAAAAAUGGUAAAUUUAAAAAUACUAAAACUGCCAGUAAGCAAGUAACUUUCAGGCUUGCCCAUCACAUUAGUAGGCCUAUUGAUAUGAAAUUGAUAUGCUUCAUUCGCCAGAAUGAAAAAAAGUUUGUUUUUUUUUUUACUUUUUUGCAAACCAUUAAAAGAUGCUGAGGUUGUGAGACAUAUAGUAUAGUUCAUGAGGCAAACUGUUUAUGUUUAAGAGAAAGGCUUUAACUGUUUUCUGGGUAAAGGUUUGGUAUUGUGCACUUCAAUAUCAAAACAUCUGAAGGAUCUCUUUGACCUGAAAGUCAGGGAAAGACACCAAGCAACAGAAAUGAUACCUUAUAGAAGCGCUACUCCAGGUACUGCAGGUUGCAGGGUCCGCAGGUAUUUGCUACUACCAUGCAUUACACCACCUGAUUUCACUAAUUAUUUUACCUUCUCGCUCCAGGAAGUAAGCUCAUUUUAAAUCAGAUGGUGUAGUGCAUGGAAGCAAACACCAGCCGACACUGCGGCCAGCAGGACCUGGAGUCGAGCUGCCCUGCUUUAAAGGUAAUUAUUAUGCUAUGAAACAGCAGGCUAAAUUAAGCUAAAGCUAGUGGCAUCACACAAAGUAAUUUAUUUUGUGCUUGAAGAUCAUCGUACGUAGCCUUCUGCUGGUGAUUUCUUAGGGAAGGGGUCUAGUCAAAAUGUAGGAAAUAACCUCUUCAGAUCCUCUUUUUCAGAUCAGAAGAAAAUCAGUCUGUUUCUUACCAGUAGCCAUUCAUGUUUCUUAAUCUUGAAGACAAUUAUUUGUUUAGUUGUAACUUUUGAUAGAUAUCACAAAUUAUCAGAGAAGCUAUGUGCUAGCACUGUAUGAUUAAGAAAUGUAUUCUAUUGGAUUUUAUUGCAUUUCAGUAGGUGGCAAAGAUCAGAGUAACGGCUUCUGGAACAAAACAUUGUUUCCUAAGGCUUCAUAUUGCAGACAGGUGAUUUGAAUAUGCACAUGAAGCAAUCAUAGAUUGUUGACGAGAACGCCAGCUACAUACUGCACCAGGACAAAUUUGUAUUUAUUUGUCUGUAUGCUUUCUGCACAAAACAAUGUUGUGCCAUGUUAUGUAAUGAAGGGAUAGGAAAGGGAGUCUUUUGCACAUGAUAACAGCAUUAUUUCACCAUCUUUACAGGAUUUUGAAGGGUUUUUUUUUAAACUAGGAGUUAUUUAAAUAAAUGUGUUUUGUACUGUUACUAUGGAAAGGUUUCACUUGUCACGUUAGGAUUUAUUUGCUACCGGUUGCAUUGUGUCAGCUCAGUGGUUUCUCCUUCUGAGACGCCGGAGCUGUGUUUUAACUAUGUGGCCACAGGAAAGAAAAUGUCAAUCUUGUCCAAUGAAAAGUGGUCAAGCGUCAGGCCAGAUCCGGGUUUCUUCUGAGAGCUUUUAUAUGCAUGUGUGCACUUUUGUAGAGUGUGAUUUUGUAAAUUUUUAAAGUACCUUUUCAUGUACAAAAAAAUAUUUGCAUUUUUCGUGAAUGUAUUAAUAUUCGAUACAGCUUGCUUCGCAUUUCCCUUUUUUGAAUCUGUAAGAUUUACCUCAGGCAUUCAAGAUAAUAAUAUAUAUUCUAUAAACGGAACUCCAGGUCUUACAACGGAAUGUUGAACGCACUCUAAAAAAAAAAUGCAUCCUCCCUGCAUUCUUAUUUAUGCCAACAGAGUAUUUAAGUUAUAUCAAAAUUUAUAUCACCAGCAGUAAGGAUUACAAGACAGCCAAAAUUAUUUGAUGCUGAUACAAUUGCAAGAAUGUACAGACGGACAUCUCCCUUGCACACUGGAAUCUCUCCUGACCAGCAUCAAUACAAGACAGUUAUAUUUUUCAUAACAUAAGGGGGAAAACACUUUACUACCCUUUAUUUAUAUAUUUUAAAAAUUUGAAUAUCUACUGCUGCCAUCAUGUUACCACAAAGUAUUUUAUAAAAUAAUGUUGCUAUGCUAGACGUUUACGUACAGUAAACAGGAUCAUAUUCAAUUAUGCAGCAUUUUCAGCGUCCUGUGUUUUUGCUUGAGUUUUAAUAAAAUAUGGCAUAGAUUACAGUAUUGAUUGUGCAAAAUUUGCAUCUGGGCAGGAUAUUCUAUGGAGACACCCCCCAUUUUUAACAUAUUCAGAAUUAUGUGGCUUCACUAGAUAAGUGAAAGAACUUCAUAGAAAUAUGUGCAAUACAGCAGUGUCUGUUACCUUUCAAAAAAAGUGUUUCUUCUUAAUCAUAUCACAGAAGUUUCAUCUAUUUGUUUUAAUGAAUUUUAUUAAAUGUCCUAAACUCACGGUAUUUCUGGUCCUAUCCCAAAGUACGAAGACUGAAAUAAAAUCCUUUUUCAACUCA